CCAUGGUGUAGUGACUUACUUGAGUCGAAUCCGUCCCUUGGAUAGUUGGUAUCUUUAAUCCGCCCCCACCUCGUCCCACCUAAAAUGUUGAGCUGAAUAAUGGCGGCUGCUCUCUAGUGUCUGUCGAUUAGUCACGUGUUGAUGGAUUAGUGCGUCGUUGUUGUUUAUCCCUCGGAGCCCCGGAGGAGCAAAAGAAAAUACUCACUCGAGCUGGUUACUGAUUCAAGUGAAAAGAAAAUGUGAAUAUAGAAAAUAAAAAAAAAUGAGUGUGGGUGAUUUGUUCUAAACUGUGUUGCAUGCGGGAAAAUCCUGUAGUGAAGCUCUAAAAAAGUGAACGGGCGCCGAUCAUCGAUUGACCUACUCUAAGGCAUGAGUAGCUGGAUUAUCUUUGCCUCCUAAAAUGUGUCUCAGUAUCCGGCGAUUCUGCAUUGAUUGUAAAGGAAAAUCCUCCCGUUCCGACGACAACGACAACGACAACAGCCAUGUAGUGACGCGACGGGGCAAGAAAUCGUCCAGCAUUUGCUUCCAGAUGCCGGCUGCCGGUCUCGGAGCUCGUCCACCGAGCAUCAUCAGCAGCAGCACCACCACCGAUGAGGGCGGCUUCAACGAACCCUCGCCGGAGAUCAAGGCCAAGCUGAAGCCGGCGUAUGACUUUGAUUCGGUUGCUCCGGCCCUUCCGGCAUCGCCCCCAGGCCGACGACCGGCCACCGGCGGCGAGGACAGUUCGAUACAACAACCGCUGGUGAGGGGGGAUCAAGCUGAUGAAGGGGAGCUGAACUACGUAGAACUCGGAUACCGAUUGCGCCCGGAUGGAACCGAAGCGAACGAGAUCUACGACGAUCUGUAUCAAAGUGCCAACAUUAACAUCAACAACAACAACAGCAGCAGUAUUAUCACCAAUAAUAGUAAUCAAUCAGCGUUAGACUUAGGCAACGGUACUAGUGUAGAGAGUAGGAACGCGCUUAACAAUAUUCGAUCUCAUUACGUUAUCAACAACAAUCAACAACAAAAUCUACUGCCAUCAGCAACCACCAUUAACGGGGGAACCGGAAGUGGAUUGAACAAUGUGCCAACAAUGGAUCGGGUGGUGUACGCCUCGAUCAUUCCGACCGCAUCCGGAGAGUCGUCUUCAACUAUCACCAGCAGCGAGCUGGCGUUUAUGGACGUUGAAAAGGACGAGGCCAAAAUUCUCGACUACGACGAGUUGAGCGGAAGUGAGAAAGGUUACCAUAGUCCGCAAACCCUUCUGGACCCAACGAGAACGACUCUCGCAGGUCCGGCAAUCGCAGCUGUCGCCCAACCGGAAGACGACGACGAUGACUACAGCAACAAGACGCUACCGGAUCCACCGUCGAUGGCGUCGAUGCGACCGCCUCCAAUUCCCGAAGGACCACCGCUCGAUCUGCUGCAGGACGUCCAGUAUGCCGACGCUAGCGACGCCGAACCCGACAGUCUGGUUCUGCCGGAUGAGAUGACGGCCGACGAGGCGGAAAGGUUACUCAGUUCGAGUAUUCUGGAGUACAGAAUAAGGCAACAACCUCUCCUCUCAGACGAGCAAGCCCGUGAAGUGGAACAGAUUCUUCUCAACAACAAAGCCAAAGCAGAGACGGAGGCGCAACCUCCGGUUUCCCAGCAAGUUCAGCAACCGGCCCCCCGAUCGCCGCCCCAGUCUCCUCCCUCGACUGCAUCCUCGCUUCCGGAUCCGCCACCGCCAUCUGCGACAUCCGACGAGCCCGACUGGCUCCAAGAUGUCCUGGAAGCUCCGAAAGUUGCAGCCGCCUCAACAACUACUCCAGCGGUCAGAGAAAAGCCACCGCCACCUCCACCACCUCAUCGGACAACCGGCCCUCUGGAUACUUCCAGAGCCGCCGCCUCAACCACCACCCUAGAACCUCCUCCGCCACCCAGUCGUAACAACUCCACUAGUCAGAUCGAGGAAACCAGCCUCGGCAACAACACCACGACUGAUCUACUCAACCAAACGAUCCUGGAUUCGUCCUCGAUCCUGCAGGAUUCGUACGUCUCGACGGCCGACUCCUCGAUGCCCAGCGUUACCACCACCUCCGACAGUUUCAAUCUGAGCAAACAGGAAGAGGAAUACCACCACCGGGAUCAGAACGGAGGCGAUGCCGAGGCGGAUGUUUCCGCCGAUGAGAGCAACAACUCCGGCUUCUACAUUCCGGAGUAUCCGCCAGUUAAGAGCAAGGAGGUGUUCGUCAACCAGGAUGGGGUGCACUUCUUCGAGGAUGGCAACUUUUGGAUGGAAGUUCCAGGGUUGCUGGAGUCUGAUCGGGACGAUGAAGAGGACGACCCUCGGGUUAUUAAGAAGAGCACUAAAAUUAGAUUCAGCACUAAACCUAUCCAAGUGUUUUCGACCUUUUCGGUGAACGAUUACGACCGAAGGAAUGAGGACGUGGAUCCGGUGGCUGCUUCGGCUGAGUAUGAGCUGGAAAAGCGAGUCGAAAAGAUGGACGUGUUUCCGGUGGAACUGAUGAAGGGUCCGGAGGGACUGGGACUGAGUAUCAUUGGUAUGGGGGUGGGAGCUGACGCCGGCCUGGAGAAGCUGGGUAUUUUCGUUAAGACGAUUACGGAUAAUGGAGCAGCCGCUCGCGAUGGAAGGAUACAGGUCAACGAUCAAAUCAUCGAAGUCGAUGGCAAGAGCCUGGUUGGUGUGACGCAAGCCUACGCCGCUUCCGUGCUCCGGAACACGUCCGGCCUGGUGCGGUUCCAGAUCGGGCGGGAACGCGAUCCGGACAACUCGGAAGUGGCUGCCCUCAUCCGGCAGAGCCUCCAGGCUGACCGCGAGAAGGAAGAACGGGUCAAGCGGCAGCUCGAGGACUAUCUGAGACGCAAUAAUGCCGAAAUUUCCGAGGAUUCAACCUUACCGGUGUCGGCCAACUCGAGCGUAUCGGAAGGUCCGGUCAGCCCAACCGGAGCGACGGCCGAAUCGCUCUUUGACACCGAAGCCGCCCGGUCCAGUGACGUGGAAUCGUUGCGAAGGAUUUUGCAGGAGAAUCUAAAAACCAUUGCACUGCAUGAAGGCGAUAUCCUAAAUCUCAAGCAACAGCUCAUCAAAUACCAGCAAAGCUGCAACGAGGCUGAACUGUUGGCGGAACGGAUGAAGCAAACCGAGCGGGAGUUGGCCAACAUUAAGAAGGAAGCCAACAACUACCAGAACAUGUUGCAGCAGAGCCAGGCCCAGUACGUAACGCUGGAGAAGAAGUACGGACGGGUGAAGAAGCUGCUGCGGGACUAUCAGCACCGGGAACGGGAUAUGAUCCAAUUCCAGGAGUACUACCUGCAGCACCUGCAAGAGAAAGACACCGAGUACAAUGCGCUGGUCAAGAAGCUCAAGGAUCGGGUCAUCAACUUGGAACAGGAGCUGCAGGAAACCCAACGGAAGGCCGGCUUCCCGGUGAUCCUGCCCUACGACAGCGCCAGCCUGAAGCUGACACCGCAGAUGAGCCGGAAGCAACCGCCGAAACCGGUCUUCCAGAAGCUGGAAACCGAACUAUCGGAUACCGAGUUUUCGGAUCUCUCGCCGGACGGUGAAGGGGAAGACGGAAAGACGGCCACCGUCGAACGCAAGCUACCAGCCAAAGAUGACGACCUGGACACGGCCGUGCCGCAGCACGAGCUACUGGACAACUCCCUGAACAAAGGUAAGAGCGAUCUGGUUGCCAGGGGUGGACGGCCUAAGAGGCUACCGGGGAAGAAGAGCAACAGCAACAGCGGAUCGGAUUGUGCGUUGGAUGAAAGUGAGGAGGAAAUUACCGACUCCACGUCGAUUUCACACGAAUACAGCGGGUUGUAUAGCACCCCGCAGAUAAUUAACCGACCAAAGUUGAACAGUUUUAAAAAUGGAAGUCAAGAGAAUUCGGGUCUUCCCGUGUACGCCCAGGUCAACAAGGAUCGAGGCGACCAUCAGAACCAAAACAUUGGGCCUACUCAGCACACGACGAUUCCGAACAUCUAUCGGAACACUUCGUCGGAUAACAACAAAAUCAACUCGAGCUACAGCUCCGAUCUCAAUGCUUCGUCGUAUGACAGUGAUCUCGGGUCUUCCACCGAUAAGCUCAAGGACAGUGGUGUAUCGAGCGAAAGCUGGAUGUACCCUUCGCGAAGGCCGACAAAAGGUUUGAAGGGUAUCACCCCACCGUUGUUGGCCGAGCAGCUUAAGGAACGGUUGGCUGAGCGGCGAACCCUGGACGAUGGAUCUUCGCGGGAUUCGAGCGAUGACUACUCGGAGAUCAACCAGCGGCACAUGAGUCCGGCUGUUUCGCUGUCCCAGAAUCUGCUGGUAGAAAUUAAGAAGGCCGUUAACGAAGCUCAGCCAAAAGUGAAAAACAUUCUUCCACACAAUCUAUCCCCUCCAGGCAGUAGCAGCCCUUGGCAGCAGCAGCAACCGGGCCAUCAGCAAUCGUCGUCGUCGAUAGGGGGUGGUUCGCAGGGUCCCCCGUCGCCGUCGAGCGUCUCGAGUGGAUCGACAUCGCCCGGGGCGUACUCGCCGAGCCGGACCCUGGACCUGUCCGGGUCCACGUCCAGCUUCACCAGCGACCGGAUCCGGGAUCUGCACCAGUGGAAGAAUGGACCCGUCGAGGAGUGGUCGAAUGAACAGGUCUGCCAGUGGCUGCUCGGGAUCGGCCUCGAACACCACAUUCCGGCCUUCGUGAAGCACGCCGUCGAGGGCGGAGCGCUGUUGCAGCUGGAGAAACCGGACUUCAAGAUCCUGGCAGUGGGGGGCGAAGACAAGAAGCACCUGAAGCGCAACAUCAAGGAGCUGCGCCGGCUCAACGAGAAGGAGCGCAAACAGAAUGAAAAAGAUCGAAGGGAACGGGAGAAGUUGAUCAAGAAGGCUGAGAAGAAAGCCGAGAAGGAUCAGAAAAAGACGAAGAAGUAGGAGGGCAGAGACAAGGAUACUCUAAAUUCUAGUAGUUUUUAGAUGAGUAGGGACAUGUUUGAUAUAGUAGAACGAAACAACUUUUGUUUGAUAUUUCUUAGUUUUUUGAAACAGAAAACCCUCUUUAGCCAUCGGUUUUGUUUUCUAUUUUUUUUUAUUUUAUAACAAAUUUGUUUGUUAGAUAGCUUGUUUAUACAUACAUACCUAGUAGUAGGAGAAGUAGCGAGUAGGCAGGACUUAAUUUAAAAUUCUACCUACUAAAUUCCUAGAAUUUACAUGGACGUGUAGAUAUCCCCGAACCAACAAUAAUUAGUUGAUAGUUAGUCAUGGGAACGAACGAGAGACCAGAAGAAGCUGGACGACGUGUUAUUAUCGAGAUUGAGGAGACAUUUGAAUGCAGACAAAUCUUUUGUGUUGAGUAGAAGUUUGGUUGUGAAUAAAUUCAAGAAAAAUGUACUAUUUAUUACUGUCUUAGUAUGGGACAAAAAUUCAUUCUUAUUUUUUAAACGAUUCAUUAUUGAUGUAAGCUAGCGUUUUACGUACCUACCUACAAAUAAUCUUACCAACAAUCAGAUCCAACUAGUUCGGUUGAUGACAACUAAUAUGCACGUCGAUUGAUGAAUAACCAAACAAAAGUGUAUGUAACCAUUGAAAAUGAUAUAAAACACGUAAAAAAGCUGUUAGAGUCGUAGUUGUUAGGGGACAAACCAAAAUUAGAUUCCAACUUGCAAAUCAUCAACUGUAGUUACGUUGUGUCUAAAUGAGACUUCUAGGAGAGGGAAUAACUAAAUAAUUGAAAAGAAAGGACUAGUUGCAAAAAAAAGGUGUCAAAAAGGAAGGAGAGAAAAUAUAAAAAUAUGAAAAGGACAGCCAAAAUGGUAUAUAAAAUUGUGCAACUAAACGAGAGUGUCGAAAAAUUGUGCAAAUUGUUGUGAUGUAAGGUUGAGAAACGGAAACAGCAACAACAAUCGGUACAAGAGUGAAGAAAAAUUUAGAAGAAACCGAAGCAUAAGCAAGCAAAAAUUAAAAGGUAACUCGUUUUAAGUCAUUAUUAUUUAUUAUUUAUAUUAUUAUAUACACUAUUGAUUAGCAAGACAAAGCACCGAAGAUCCAUACCUUAUGUUCUACCUACAAUCCUGUAACGGCUAAGUAGAGAGUUAUUCGGAAGGCAGCGUUUAGAAAGUUUAGCUAGUGACCCCGAGAGCAGCUUAGCAGCAGCAGCAGCGAGGUAAACCAAACUAUUUGAUAGGAACGAAAUUAAGUAGGUUACGAACAAAACGAAAAUGUGUAAUGAAAUAAUAAAAACAAACAUGAAAAAUUACGACAAGUUUAUAAUUUUUUAUUUUAUUUUAGUCUAGCAAUCCGUAGUCCUUUUAGUUUUCUAAGUUUUUGUGUGAUAUUUUUAGGCAUAGAUUAUUAAUUUAUUGUUAAAUGGAUUUAGCAUAUCUUUUAAGAAGUAUUUUAAGUCUUAUCAAUUAAUAUUUUAAAUGCCUCGAUUUGUUAGAUUAGCAAAUAUUUAAGGGCUAGUUAAGCUUGAAGACUUUUAUAACUUAUUUUAUCACUAUAAAGUUUUUAAGUUUUUGUCUUUGUUUUUUUUUCAUUUUCCUCCACACAAUUUCUAAUUUUUUUGUUUUUUUUCUUUCAAAGUUUGAGUCCGACAAAUCAUAACAAUAUAAUAAAAACUCAUACAAGGCAGAUUUAAGAAAACAAGCUCCGUAAAAUGAUAACAAACCACCGCCAAAUUAUGACUGUUCGAUCAGUUAUCGAGAUAAAAUAGGACAUCUACCCCAUACUUGAAAUUAAAGAGAAAAAAGAAGCUAAACCAAAUGGACCCAAAAGAACUUGCACAACCAUUUUUAAUAUUAUACAUUUUAAAAACUUCAAUAAACAUUUAUUUGUUAACCUUUCUCGAAAAGCAACAAAACAAAGCCCAACCAAAGAAGAAAAACCACUCAUCGAGGCGAAGUAUUUUCUACAAACUUGAAAAUCGUUUAAAACCAUUUUUCGGGUAACACUUUUUAAAAAGGAACUUUUUACUCAUUUAUACGAUGUAACUCCCAAGUAAACUUAACUAAAAAAAUGAAUCAAACAAUUAGGUAACAUUUAAUGACGAUGCUCAACUGGCUCUCUGCUAUCUUAUCUACAUUCAUAAAUAUUUAGUCUAGCGAAAUUGGCACAAGGCGGAAGCGGAAAUCUAUCGAAAAUUUGAACCCCCUGUUCAUUGAACUAACUAACUAAAUUCUUUUACUAUACAACAUCAUUUCCAAUGGAGUGAAACUGUAAUAAUCGGAAAAAAAACCAACUAUUGCUACUUGUUAAAUAUAUUACACAUUUCGUCCAAGUUGUAUCUAGAUUAUGAAUCGCGGAAAUUUGACUAAUUAGGACCUACAUAAGUACAUAGGCAAAUGUUGGACUGCAAAAGUAUUACACAACUAAUGUACUUUUAUUACCUGUAUUACACCAAAAGUAAAGUAAAAAAUGAUAAGAAAUGAGAAACCAAAAAAAAAAAAAUUAUACCAGUGAAACUAAAACUUAUUACAGUAAAUAGAGGAAACAAAAAUAUGCGAAAUUAGUACUCUUAAGCUCAUCUAUAUUUCGUAUUGAUAACUUAAAAAACAUAAUGGUGAAAAUGAGAGCGUAACAAAUGUUAUAAGUAAUCUAUUAAAAACCAAACUGGCGAAUAGCAAAAAAAAAACUAAACACAACCCAUAUUUAACAAAUAAGUAAAAUAAUCUGAAAAGGAAAAGAAAAAAUCUCCACGUUUAAGAAAAGGUCAGAAGAAAAUCACAGCACUGCAAACUAAAUACCAAAACCAAACUAGUUGAGAGAAGUAAUCGUUGUUAAGUAUCGAACAGGAUUAUCAAAAAAAAAUUGAUCAACAUAAAUGCAAACCAAUAGAUGAGUCACAAAGAUAAAAAACUUGAUAACGAAAAAAAUAAAUCAUAUAAUCUUAAAAAACCCCCAAAAGUAAAAUGAAAAAUUCCAUGUCAUCCAACUGACUGACUCGGCUAGAGGAAAAAAUCCAGGAUCCUGGCAGUGAAUCAACCAAAAGAAAAAAAUGGAACGGAGCGGAGCGGAAAAGCCAGGAGCCGUCAAGUCAGAUCAAAUCCCCUCAAAGCUGAUGAAUAACCAACCCGACAAAAGCCACUCGAUAGCCAUUGAUGAAUAACGAACGAACGACCGAACGGAGGAUGGAAGGAAAUACACGGUGUAGAUAUGAAUUUAGGAAACAUUCAAA